AUGCACAGCCCAGCUCUGAAGCUUGUGUUCAACCGGGUGAACGGCAAGCGCUACCACACGCCACAGCCACAGACAGACUGCCAGGGCGAGGGCUACACAGCAGCACACGAGGACAAUGUCAAGUUUGUUUACGAAGCCUGGCAAGAGGUGGAGCAGCGGCUUGGAGACUCGCGAGGGGCAGAGAACGGGCACGGACCUGUCCAGUAUACAGACAAGUCACCCAACCCCAGCUUAAAGAAUUUCGUCCCCAUUGAUCUGGAGGAGUGGUGGGCGCAGCGUUUUUUGGCCAAUAUUGUGAAUCAGUCCUGAAGGGCCCAUUCAGCUCCAGAUCAGAUUCAGGUGCCUGUCCCUGGAUGAUGUCUUUCUGGGCUCUCAGAACCAGCUUCAGUGGCAAGAGAAACCGGACACAAGCUCGGUAACCGCACUGCCACGGUGACACGCAGCUCAACGCUGGCCUUGCACCUUGCUGAAACUGCACAUUCAGAUGUUUUUUUUUUGUUUGUUCUUGAAACAAGCUUUGUCAUAGCUAAAGAAAAAAAAUUGUCUUGGCUGUUAUU